AUGUUCGCGAAGCCUAGCGCGAGUGGAAUGAAACGACCCACCCUGUCCCAGGACGAAGAUCUAACAAUGACCUCGCUGACCCACGCGCCCGCAACCGCUGCUACCCCAAACUCACCUUUGGUCACACUGGGUUCAGGCACUUCCAUGGCUGACAUUUCCGAGAAUCCAUUGGAAGAUCUGAAUUUGAGUCGAUGCACCACACCCGCAUCGUUGAUUCACCCGGAUUCAGUUGACUUAACCGAAUUCUUGGCGGCUGCCGCUGCUGCUGCCGCGGAUGAUACUGUACCAGAUGGAGAUGAGACAGAGAUUAACAUGGACGAUCUAUUUCUCGACUCAGCCGCGUUGGAAUCGUCCGCCCGGAAAGACGCCCCUUCUCCGAACGGACGGAGAAAAGUGAAAUCGGAACAAAACGUAUUGUCUUUUAGCGUUGAACAACCUUCCGAUCUGGGUAGCUCAGUCUUGCCUGACGUAUGCGCUGAAGAAAUUGUCUCCUCCGGGGUGUCCAAAGAUUCAGGAGCAAUGAAUUCACUGGACACGGCCGAUUUGGAUCAAAUCACCCUGGACCCAAUUUCAGAUUCCCCCUCAAUCGAGCUCGACUCGCUGGACCACUGUAAUAACAUUGGAGACGAAGUUCGUCGGAUACGUUCUCCGUUGACCACACCGUCGCUUGAAAUUAAUCCGUCCGAGCGUGAGGUGUUUGGUCUACCGUGGGAAGAUAAUCUGAUGAAUGAGGUUCCGAUGAACGAGGAGGAACAGAACACUUCAUUCAAUGCUGGUUUGUUGCCACCGGGACGACUCAAGCUGCUUACGAAGAACAGUCUGAGAUCGAUCAAAAGUCGAUUACCGCCCAGUCGGAAGGAUCAACAGAACACUUGCAUAGUGGGUAAGUUGCGUAGAUGGUCUGCAAUGCGUUUAGGCUAUGUUUUAAUAGGAGAUUAUCAGUUUCGUCUUCAGAAAUCCCACUGUCGUGAUACGACCUGGGUGAAUUUUACGAUGAACCUGAUUAUUAUUGGCCGUGUCCACGAAAUACGUUAA